GAAGGCAGCGUCAGUCUCCUGGCUCCUGGGUGUGUGCAGUCAGUUCAACCUAGAGACUGAGGGAGAAAGCACCAGGAACAUCUCAACGUGAGCACAGCUGUGCCUGUCAUCUGUCACCUUGUUUGAAAACUUCUUCUCCUUCUCCCCAGCACGGACCGAGAAUGGGAAACUACCCGAGCUAGUUUCUGAAGAGGACACACAUUCAGGGGGGAACUGUGCUAAAAUUGCCAGGUCGAGCCUUCAGUCACAUCGUUUACCUCCAGAGAAGGAUCAGGAGCACAGUGGAGAUGCAGACCUUCCUGAAAGGCCGGAGAGUCGGCUACUGGCUCAGCGAGAAGAAGAUGAAGAAGCUGAAUUUUCAGGCCUUUGCUGAUUUGUGCAGGAAAAGAGGAAUAGAAGUUGUUCAGCUGGACCUCAGCCAGCCUCUGGAGGAGCAGGGUCCUCUGGACGUCAUCAUCCACAAACUGACUGACCUCAUCCUGGAGGCUGACCAGAAUGAUUCACAGGCUGUGCUGCUGGUGCAAAGAGUACAGGAUUACAUCGAUGCCCACCCUGAGACCAUCGUCCUGGACCCCCUUCCAGCCAUCCGUACUCUGCUGGAUCGCUGCAAGUCCUACCAGCUCAUCCACAGGCUAGAGAGCUGUAUGCAAGAUGAGAGAAUUUGCUCUCCUCCAUUCAUGGUCCUGAACUCGGAGUGCAGCCCAGAUGUGCUGGAGCAGAUCAAGAGGCAAGGACUCACAUUCCCCUUCAUUUGCAAAACACGGGUGGCUCAUGGAACCAACUCCCACGAGAUGGCCAUUAUCUUCAGUGAAGAGGACCUGAAUGACGUGAAGCCUCCCUGUGUGAUCCAGAGCUUCAUCAACCACAACGCAGUGCUCUACAAGGUGUUCGUGGUGGGAGACUCCUACACUGUGGUGGAGAGACCUUCACUGAAGAACUUCCCCGCUGGGCCGGCAGACAGGAAAGCAAUCUUCUUCAACAGCCACAAUGUUUCCAAACCAGAGUCAUCCUCAGACUUGACCACGAGAGAGAACGUAGAGGGAGUGUCUCAGCCACCCAGUGACGAUGUCAUCCGAGAGCUGUCCAGGUCAUUGCGGCAGGCGCUGGGCGUGUCCCUGUUUGGCAUUGACGUCAUCAUCAACAACCAAACAGGCCAACAUGCCGUUAUUGACAUCAAUGCAUUCCCUGGUUAUGAGGGGGUCCCAGAGUUUUUCAACGACCUCCUGAACCACAUCACCAGCGUGCUUCAGACCCACAACCCGGAUUUCGCUCCUGCCAGCGAGCAGCCCAAAGGCCUGCCAGUGAGCACCACGGUACCCAACGCUGCCCCACCGGCCCCUGGCUGCUGCAGCAUGCUGGGAAAGGAGGCCAGCGGAAGCCCCUGGAUCGUAGAGGGCGACGGAGGGCUGAAGGGCCCCCGUCAGAGACUGGGCUGCAAUUCGGCCAUGUCCCCCAACUUCCAGCAGCACUGUGUCUCCACGAUAGCUACCAAGGCUUCCUCCCAGUGACUGAUCCCCCUCUCCGUUUGAUCCCUGAACAAAAAAACAAAACAAAACGGAUGACAAUGGUGACAAUAAUAAUGAAUAAUAAUCAUAAUAAUUAUGAUGUUAAUGAUGAUAAUAUAUCUAAUCAAAAACAUUUUCCUAUAUAGAUAUUGAAAAUGAUGGUGAUUGAGUGUAAGCUUUUUUCUCUCUGCCUUUUUGUAUUUUUCGUUUUGUCUAAUGAGACUUAACAGUACUGUAAUGUGAACUUUUGGGAACUUUUGCCUAAUAGCUGAUUUUUAUUUUUCUCUCUUGUGUGAGUUCUCUGUAAUGAAAGGGUCCAGACGAGGUAGCUAACGGGGAAUGGCUGAAUCAGGACUGGAGAAAGAUGUGCCACUAGACGUGCAAUGUAUGAUCCCUUGUAUCUCACAAACACAAAACACGCACACACACACACUGGUACGUUUACAUUGCAACGGGCCGUGCCGGUGAUGUGUGUCUGUAUUCUGGUCAAUACCACUGACUCUGCAAAAGUGAGGGGGAGAAAAGGUGGCUGGGCAUUUGAACACUACUCCACAGAUCCUGGGCUGCUAUGUGACUGUGGCCAACUGACGGCAGAGGACGUAAAGAGUCCGAACAUGAACGACAAGAUAGUUUUGGGGGUUUUGUUAGUUUGAACAAACAGGUAAGCCGUUUACUUUUCCGAGUGCCAUCAAACUUAAGUGUAGGAAGGACGCCUGCAGAAAGAUAAAGGUUAAAAAAAAAGAAAGCAGAUCUCCAUGACCAUGUGACCAAGUUUCUUUUACUUUUGCACCAAUGUUUCUAAGGUGUGUUUUACUGUAUGUCAGAUGGAAGGUGUUAGGUGUUCAACAAACAAGCUGCGUCCUUGUUAGAGUCCCAGUUUGAGUCGCUCCAGUGCAGGAAGACGAGGAUCACAUUCCUUUUCGUGUUUGUGGAUGUUUUCAGAGAAUUCCGUGAUUUUUAUUUUUUUUUCUCAGAAUUCCAGUGGGAUCUAGUGAGAUUUCUCUCGUCACUUCAUGGGUUUGUAAUCUCCUUAAAAAAACGUGUCUUCAACGCUUGUGUCUGUCAUGUGAGCAAACUACUCUCCUGAGGCCAACUUGACCUAUCAACAGACUUGGGGCUGCUGUGUCAAUCAGAGAAUUGUUAAUCGGAAAAUCAGUUAUUCCCCUAAAUUUAAAGGUAAAAUGUGUGUUUGAGUACCCAUGAAUUGGGUAUGAAUUAUUUUUGAUACCAUGAAAUGAAAACGGCUCCAGAAAAUUGAGGAAUUUGUUCAGCUUUAUGAUAUUAGAUUCAACUCUGACAGCACUUUCUUGACAAAAUGUAGAUAAAGAAACCAGUUGGUUCGAUUGCUUAAAUUCUCCGACUUGUCUUCUGUUCCAGCUGCUGUAUUUGUGUCACAUGUUAAAAUCAUUUGGAGGGGAAGUGGAGGGGCGGGGGGGAGAUGGUCCAGCUCUUGUUCCCAGUGUUCACUGUGAGAUUUUUUUACUCCAAUUUUGUUAAUAUCUUUGUCCUGAUAUCUACUAAGAGCAACUUUAUUUUAUUGAGAUUUUAUGGGGAAAAAAAUGUUUUAUAUAAAUGAAGUGAAAGCACGGUGGAUGUUUUUGAAUAAACGGUGGAUAUUUACUCGAGGUGUAGUAAAAAACGCUGGGUGUGGUUGUACAGGUGGUGUCAAAGGGAUGGAUGAGCUUGUGCUUGAUGCUGUUGUCUCCCUCUAGCAUCUAGAUUUUUUUUUUGCAUUCCUCUGAGCCUGCUUCUCCUUCUCUUGUCCCAGAGAGCUCCUCCUAGCUGUUUUAUUUCCUCCAUCAGUAUCCAAGGGAACUGACUGUCCUCUUGCUCGCAAUGUGAUCGUAAAUAAUAGUGUCAGCGCAGCCAUCUCACCAGCAUCUCUCUGGGACAAGAGAACACCAGUGAUGCUCUGAAAGUUUGUCCUCACUAGACACAUUAUAUUGUGGGAAUAUUUCCUCAAUCUCCAACAAGCAACAGUGAAUUAAGAAUGUAAAGGUAUGGCAGCAGGUUCAAAGGGAGCUUUCACAUCCUUAUAACCCGACGACUCAUCUAGGAAAAAGGGGCAAAGUUUUAGGCGCGUCCCUGUUAAAGCUGGAAAGACUGAUACUGUGUACACCACUAUAUUGUGUGUCCUAUGUUGUGUUCCUUAUCGUGCUUCUAAAUGGGAAAUAAAUGGUUAAUCCUACCCUUGGUCAUUUCUGCAACCCAGACGGUGUCAUCAUGCUCCCAGUUUCCACCUGAAUGUUUACUUCUUGGGUGUCUUGUACAGUACGUGUAUAUAUGCCUAGGCUUACAUCCGUACAGUAUGUUGUUUUGUAUCAGUUCUGUAAUUGAGAGGAAUCCACAAUUUUGUGACCUUUUUUUAAUUAAAUGGCCAAAACAACAGGGCGAAAUAAACGUGAAACCUUACCGGA